AUGAAGGAGGGGGAUGAGGGGGUGGGUGCCGCGGGUAAAAAGGGGUUUGUGCCAUUGGUUACGGUGGUGGAUUUUCAUCAUGCGAGGGGACCUGAAGUCGAAUAUUGGUUUGGCGCAGAGGAUGGGACUGAUCCUGCUGUGGAAAACGAAUGGCCUUUAUUACCAUUUAUGGCAUUGAGUGAUGGAGCGCAUACAUCAGCAGAGGAUUUCUCCUAUUUUACACUCCUACGACCUGCCCGCGGAAAUCUACCUCCCACAUCCCUCUUCGGUAUCUCCUGCACGCAACAGAUGGAUGCAUCAAUACUGCUCAAUCGUCCCGCAGAAGUAACUCGAUCGACGGUGCAAAAGGCUGUGGUUGUAAUAGCCGAUUCGCCGCAAUUUUUUGGGCUGUUGAGGGAGAGAUUGGGAGUUGUUACGAAAGCAUGGUUUGCACAACGGGAGUUUACAGAUACGGAGAUAUUGAGGAGGUUUCAGGAGAGUUUAGCCGAGGAGAAAAGUAGAGGGGAGUUAGGGGAUAUGGAGGAGUAUUUGGGGAUGAGCUUGAGGGAAUUGGUUAAGGAGUUUAAGUGGCAGACUUUGGUGCUUUUUAAAUGCUAUGUUAUUCUUUGGUUCGAGAUGCGAGAGGUUAUGCAUGAUGCAGUUCUCACUUAUAUCUCUAAUACCAGGAAAAAUCUUGUGAAACCGACGAGUUUGAAAACGAGCGACAGGAGUUCCCUGUUGAAUUAUAUGGGAUUGCCUUUGCAAAUAUUUGGCGGGGGAAGUCUUUUUGGUCCUUAUACCCCUUUACAGCAACUUGAUAUAUUAGCGGAUUACGGCACAAAAUCAUACAUCGUUGGUUCGACGAAUUCUCUACUUUUACAACAGAGAGAUCGAUACAGCGAUAUUCUUAUUAAUCUAGAUGAACUUACCAUUAAUAUCACAUCGGCUUCACUGAGGUCCGCAUUGGUACUCUCGGCGGCCGAUCGACGCUGGAUCGAUUUCAUUACCCAAACCGUCAAUGACACUUGGGAUGAAUCAAACCCCAGCCGACCUAAAACCAUGGGCUAUGUUGGCUCCGAAGAAUUCAUCCGUCUACAAUUUGAAGAAUAUCUCCUCUCCCUAAUUUCUUCGGUCAAAUGCCACAACUACCUUCUAGCCAACGCUCACAACCCCAAAGCCCAACUGCCACAAGUUGAAGGCGAUCCUGCUCAUGAUUUUAGCAUGGAUUGGAUCGAAGCGUGGACACGGAGUGAAAACUAUGAAAUCUGGAAUAACCAUACGGAUUCGCAUCUUUUCGACAUCGUGGAACCCAAACAUCCUUGUGCGGGUGGUCUUACGAUUGAUGAUGUUCAAAGACGUAUCGCUGAACAAGUCAAGGAAAUGCAUCUCGAUGAAAGGUUUGCGGUGGGCAAGGAAGUAUUGGGGAGAAAUCUUGCGGCGGGGAAAGAAAGGGCUAGUACCGUUUUCAAUAAAUUGUAUGCGGAUAUGGAGUCCUACCGCGAAAGUCAGAGGAAGAGGAAUGAGGAGGCUAGAAUUGCGGUAGAGAAAGCGGCGACUGCAAGUGGAGCCUCGAGUCCGGCGGCCCAUCAAACGGAUUUCAAUGGCCAGAAGACGACAGUGCAGAGUAGAGCGGGAGCCUACAUAGGCAGUUGGGGCACGUGGAUGGGAGAGAAGAGGAAGUCAGGGUGGGGAAGGAGUUCGGGGAGUCAGGAAAGGGUGCCGCAGGUUACGAGUAAUGGAAAGAGGAAUUCGAGGGGACUUUUUGGGAAGGAAAAUGUUAGUUUACUGGGUGAAGGAAAGAAUGGCAUUGAGAGGAGUCCACUAAGUCCCCGGACUUCGCAGGGGGGGUAUUCGCCGCUGGGUGAGAGACCGAAGACGGCGGAUAGUUUUGAGGAGAGUAUAUUCGAUGCGGAGGUGGAGGUGGAGGCGAAUGGGGGUGGGGAUAGAGAUGGGAAGGUGGUGGCGGUGGAAAGCAUUAGUGAUAGUGAUGCGCCUAAGCGGGUUGGAAGCCCGGGAAAUUUGUCGAAGUUUCAUGAGGAUAUGGGGGAUAGAAAUGGGGACGAGGAGAAGGGGAAUAGCGAUGAUGAUGAUGAUGAUGAUGAUGGUGAGGAGAAGAAAACGAUCAUACCUACAUCGGUCGAAACAGAUAUUUGGGAUGAGGAAAGACAUGUGGAUGCGGAUCGAGAUCAACAUGAGAGAGCGGGGAGGGUAGCAGAGGCUAUGCAGGAAGCGGUGGGUUCGUCUAUUCAUUCGUAG